UUUUUCUUUCGGAAACUCCUCCCACUUCUAAGACGUUCGUCCUCUUUUUCGUCUGACUUGAAUUGUCUUUUCAUAACUAUCAACUUAUUGGUGAUUUAAUCAUGUCUUUGGAGGUUGAAUCCGCAGACGUGAUUCGUCUGAUAAUGCAGUACUUGAAAGAGAACAAUCUGCACCGGACAUUGACCACCCUACAGGAAGAGACCACUGUGUCUUUGAACACAGUGGACAGUAUCGAGAGUUUCGUGGCAGACAUCAACAGUGGCCAUUGGGACACCGUGCUACAAGCUAUCCAGUCACUCAAGCUCCCUGAUAAGACUUUGAUAGACUUGUAUGAACAGGUGGUGUUGGAGCUCAUUGAGUUGAGAGAGUUGGGAGCGGCCAGGUCUCUGCUAAGGCAAACAGACCCCAUGAUCAUGCUGAAGCAGACCCAACCAGAGAGAUACAUCCACCUGGAGAACCUGCUGGCUCGAUCCUACUUCGACCCCAGAGAGGCGUACCCGGACGGCAGCAGUAAGGAGAAGCGACGCGUGGCCAUCGCCCAGGCCCUGGCCGGAGAGGUCAGCGUGGUGCCCCCUUCACGUCUCAUGGCCCUGUUGGGGCAGUCUCUAAAGUGGCAGCAGCACCAGGGUCUCCUGCCACCUGGCAUGACCAUCGAUCUGUUCAGGGGCAAGGCAGCGGUGAAGGAUGUGGAGGAGGAGCGCUUCCCAACGCAGCUGGCCCGACACAUCAAGUUUGGUCAGAAGUCCCACGUGGAGUGUUCCCGCUUCUCUCCUGAUGGUCAGUACUUGGUCACAGGGUCAGUCGAUGGUUUCAUCGAGGUCUGGAACUUCACCACCGGCAAAAUCCGAAAGGAUCUGAAGUACCAGGCGCAGGACAACUUCAUGAUGAUGGACGACGCGGUCCUGUGUAUGUGCUUCAGCAGGGACACAGAGAUGUUAGCCACGGGGGCACAGGAUGGCAAAAUAAAGGUGUGGAAGAUCCAGAGUGGCCAGUGCUUGAGGCGCUUUGAGCGAGCCCACAGUAAAGGGGUGACCUGUCUCAGUUUCUGCAAGGACAGCAGCCAGCUUCUGAGCGCUUCCUUCGACCAGACAAUAAGGGUUCACGGGCUGAAGUCGGGCAAGUCGCUGAAAGAGUUCAGAGGCCACUCGUCGUUUGUUAACGAGGCGACGUUCACACCGGACGGCCACCACAUCAUCAGCGCUUCCUCUGACGGGACGGUGAAGGUGUGGAACAUGAAAACCACGGAAUGCACCAACACCUUCAAGUCCCUCGGCACCUCAGCCGGCACCGACAUCACGGUCAACAACGUCGUCCUGCUGCCCAAGAAUCCGGAGCAUUUUGUAGUGUGCAACCGUUCCAACACGGUGGUCAUCAUGAACAUGCAGGGACAGAUCGUGAGGAGUUUCAGCUCUGGUAAGAGAGAGGGAGGAGACUUUGUGUGCUGUACGUUGUCUCCCCGCGGUGAGUGGAUCUACUGUGUCGGGGAGGAUUUCGUGCUCUACUGCUUCAGCACGGUGACGGGCAAGCUGGAGAGAACCCUGACGGUCCAUGAGAAGGAUGUGAUCGGCAUUGCCCACCACCCCCACCAGAACCUCAUCGCCACUUACAGCGAGGACGGCCUACUCAAGCUCUGGAAACCAUGAGCGUAGCACUGCUUAAUCCAGCAAGCCCCUUCCAUCGGCAUGCCAGCUGCUCUUCCCUUGGGACUGUGCAGUGUUUCCCCUAGGCCUUCAUUUAGCCAUGGUGGGUAAGGUCUUGUUUAGUUCUGUUAGUCAGAACUAAUUGAUUUCAGUUGGCUGUCCAGGUCGGGACUCCAAAGAGAGAAUCUAAACAAGAGGAAACACUGGGGUAUUGGAAGUGCAGACGGGUGUAUUUUAUUUUAAUAACCUUUUUUUUUUUUUUUUUACUUCAUGUAAAUAUUUUUUUAUUGCAUUUUGUCCAAUAACAUCUGGUUGGAUAUUUAGAAUUUUGUGUGUCAGCCAUGGUGUAGAUUUGUUUCACAGCAGAACAGAAAGGGCUGUCAUUUGUCUUUGCUGUAAGACUCAUUGUGAUUUUUCAUUUUCUUGUGUCUCCUAUCUGACAAUAUUUUUUCCCCACAUGCUUCAUGUGCAAUGCAUGGAUUAUAGUUAUUACACCAAGUGUCAGUGGUAGCCUGGAUUUACAUUUUACAUGGAAUAUUUGUCUGAGCCAUUAAAGAUAUUUGACCAGGAA